AUGGAAUGUCCAGAAAGAGUUUGGAUAGUAUAUGCAUCACAAACUGGUAAAUCAGAGAGGUUAUCUUAUGAUGUUAGAGAUGAGUUAUGGAAAGUAGGAGUGAUUGGAUAUCCAACAUCUAUUAGUGAAUUUGAAGAUAUAUUUUUUGAUUAUUUUGAGGAAGAAUCCCAGGAAAAUAUUAAUAAGAAAUUGGAAAUUGAAUUCCCCAUGACAAUAUUUAUAUUAUCAACAACAGGACAAGGAGAAGUACCUGAUACUAUGACUUCAUUUUGGAAUCGAAUUUUAAUGAAUAAUUUAAAUACUAUCUUAAUAAAAAAGUUGAAUUUCGCAAUAUUUGGAAUGGGUGAUAGAUGUUUUGGUAAUCAAAGAUUUAAUAUAACUGCAAGGAAACUACGUCAUUUAUUAUUAAAUUGUGGAGCUGUAGAAAAAGUACCCUGGGGACUAGGUGAUGAAUCACAUGAUUUUGGUAUAUUGGGAGAAUAUGAUCCUUGGAUUGAAAAUAUAAUUAAAAUGUUUAAACACAAUACCGAAAUUGAUGAAUAUUUUAAAAAUAAUCUUCCAAUCAAUCAAUAUAAGUGUGAAAUAAAAAGUUAUAAUCCAGAAAAAGUUAUUCAAGAUAUUAAUUAUGAAUUUGAUAUAGAAUUAGAGAAUGAAUUAAAAAAUUCACUAUUUAUUCAAAAGAAACACAUAAGUGAUAUCAAUAAAAAGAAUAUAUCAUUUCCUAGUAUUUCUAAUGUAUUAUAUAAUCAAGAAUGUGAUAAAGAAUCUAAAAAUAAAAAAAUUAAAAAGAUAAGAUUUGGUUUGUCUCAUGAGGAUCAAAUUAAUUAUAAAUCUGGUACUCAUCUUGCAAUUUGGCCAGUCAAUCCUAUAGAAAAAGUAAUACAUUUUAUUGAUUUAUUUAAUCAGGAAAUUAAUCCAAAAACAAUUAUAGAAAUUCAAUUUAAUCAUGAUUAUUAUACUUGUUUAUGUAAUAAACAAUAUGGAUGUAAAUAUAAUUCUACUGAUGAUUAUUUAGAUUUAAUCAAGUAUAAAAAAUGUUAUAUAGAAUGUAAAAAACAUCAAUUUUGUAGUCAAUUUCCAUUAGGUGAGAAGAUGACAGUAUUUACAUUAAUAUAUCGUUAUUUAGAUAUAAUGAGUGUACCAGAAAGAAGGUUUGUGAAUAAAUGCUAUAAUAAUACAAAUAAUCAUAUGCAUAAAGAACGUUUGAAGGAAAUGAUACAAAGAAGUGUAGACUCAAAAAAGGAUUAUUGUGAUUAUAUUAAAGAUGAGCAUCGUAAUUAUCUUGAAUUAUUAUGGGAUUUUAAUUCAAUUGAAUUGCAAAUUGAUGACAUUAUCAAUUUUAUACCAGUAAUCAUUCCUAGAUAUUACUCUAUAUGCAAUACAUUGGAUUGGUAUAAGUUAAAUUUAUGGAGAUAUAUUGAUUAUGAGAAUUAUAUUAGAAGAAUGACUGUUGGAAUAUUUAAUCAUUGUUUUGAAUAUGAUGAUGAUAAUGAUAAUGGUGAUGUUAAUCAUCAUCAUUUUAAAAUGUUAUUACCUGAAAUAUUAUCAAAUACAUUAGGAUUAUUUUUACCAAAAAUAAAAGUUAAUAAUAAUAAUAAUAAUAAUAAUCAAUUACUCAUAAUUAAUAAUUAUAAUACAUUUAAAAAAUUAAAAACAAAAGUUAUUCAAAAUUAUAUUGUUAAACUUAAAGAAAAAUAUUUAUAUAAUAUGAUGCAAGAAUUUAAAAGUAUCUAUUGUGAUCAAGAAUAUGCUCAUUUUAAUAAUAGUAAUAUUAUAGAAAUCUGUGUUGAUGUAAUUGAAUGGAACACAACAUUUAAUAGAAAAAUACGUGGAUUAUGUUCUGGCUAUUUGGAUGAUAUUAUAUAUAAUAACAAAACAUUAAUAGCAUUUGAAAAUAAAAUUAGUGAUGAAAUAAUUAAAGAAUUAGUUGAUCCAAAAAUACCUCUAUUAUUAAUAUCAUGUGGAUUGGGUAUAACAGGAAUUAUAUCAAUACUACAAGAAAGAGUUAUUAAUAUUUUAAGACAAAGAAAUGUUAAUCAUGAUCAUAAAAAUGAAAUAACUAAUAACACUUUAGUAUAUAUUGGAUUAAGAUAUAGUAAUGUAAUGUAUCCAUAUAUUGAUCAAAUUUACGAAUUUUCAAAAAGAAAAGAAUUAAUUGGUCAAAUUCAGUUUAAUAUAUCAUAUUCUAGAAAAAAUCCUGGAAUAAAGGAAUCUAUAUUUAAAACUGAAAAAACUCAUAAAUUAGUUAAUUUAAAUCAUUUAAGAUCUGGCUGUUAUAUACAAUCAUUAUUAUUAAAUGAAGAUAAUGAAAUUGAUAAUAUGAGAGAAUAUAUAGUUAAUUGCAUAUUAAAUGGUUAUAUUUUAAUUUGUGGAAAUGCAUUAUCAAUGCCUAUAGAAAUAAGAGAAACUCUUGCAAAAAUACUUGUAUUAUCAGGUAAAUUUGAUACAAUAGAAGAUUCUUUAAUAUAUAUAAAAAAAUUAAUAAGAUAUGGUAGAUAUAUAGAGGAAACAUGGGUUUAA